AUGUUAAUUGACUCUUUUUUCUUUUUUUUAACUCACUUUGCUUUCGAACUCAUUUUUAUUCAGGUUUUCCCAGGUUACUUGACGCACUUUGUUCAACCUCAUACAUCAGCUCUCAUUUUUUCCUUCUAUCGAACUCAUUCUUGUGCAGUUAGGCAAAGCCGGCACAAGGAAGAAGAGGAGGCAAAGGAAGAAGAGGAGGCAAAGGAAGAAGAGGAGGCAAAGGAAGAAGAGGAGGCAAAGGAAGAAGAGGAGGCAAAGGAAGAAGAGGAGGCAAAGGAAGAGUACCUAUGCCUAGGCCGAGGCUUUGCUUGCGCCUAG